AUGUGCAGGGUUGCAGCUGUUAUAUCUUGUAAUUUAUUUGUUUAUUUAUCUUUAGUUGAUGAAGAAGAAGAGUACGAGUGUGUCAGUGUGCUAAAUUCUCACACUCAGGAUGUGAAGCAUGUUGUUUGGCACCCUAACAAAGAGAUGCUUGCAUCAGCUAGUUAUGACAACACAGUCAAGCUGUACAAGGAGGAGGAUGACGACUGGGUCUGUUUCACUACACUGGAAGGCCAUGAGUCUACAGUUUGGAGCCUUGCAUUUGACCGAAGUGGUGAGCGGCUUGCAUCCUGUAGUGAUGAUAAGACUGUGAAGAUAUGGCAGGAGUACAAGCCUGGAAAUGAACAAGGUGUGAUUUGUAAUGGCACAGACCCAUGCUGGAAAUGUGUCUGUACCCUGUCUGGAUUCCACAUGAGAACAAUCUAUGAUGUCUCUUGGUGUCGUAUUACAGAUGCCAUAGCAACAGCAUGUGGGGAUGAUGCGCUUAGAGUGUUUGAGGAAGAUCCUGGCUCCGACCCUCACCAGCCAACCUUCUGUCUGACUGCCCAUGUUCCAAAAGCACAUGCACAAGAUGUAAACUGCGUUGCAUGGAAUCCCAAGCAGGCUGGACUGCUUGCAACAUGUAGUGAUGAUGGAGAUAUCUGUAUCUGGAAGUACCAGCCACAGAAUAACCCAUCAGUUUAACCUUAAAGACAGAGAGUUUGCUGAAAAAAAUAAGUAUACUGACUUUGUGUUGGCUAAUCAGGGAAAUACAGACUGGAUACCGACUGCACACUGAGAAAGAACAGCAUGCAGAUGAUUGAAAACGUACUUGGGGAGAUUUGGUGAAGCUCUACUUUUUUCAGUUUGUAAAGUACUAUUCAGGAUCACUCUGGUUCAAUAAACAAGUAAAUGCUGACUUUA